UGACUUUCUUGAAGAGGGAGGCUCAGUGGUGCCUUGUCAAGAAGAAGUCCAGGGUUCACACUUCUUCCAGGUUCUUGCGCCUUCAGUCAUGACUUGCGGACUUCUUGUGUUAACAGCCCUGGCCUUAUGUCAUGGGUUCAACCUGGACACUGAAUAUCCAACGACCUUCCAAGAGAACGCGAGAGGCUUUGGGCAGAGUGUGAUCCAGCUUGGGGGAUCCCGGUUGGUGGUUGGAGCUCCCCAGGAAAUAAAGGCUGCCAAUCAGACAGGUGGCCUCUACCAGUGUGACUACAACGGCAAGUGUGAGCCCAUCCACCUACAGGUGCCCCCAGAGGCUGUGAACAUGUCCCUGGGCCUGUCCCUGGCGGCUGCCACCAACCCCACUCAGCUGCUGGCCUGUGGUCCCACAGUGCACCAGAUCUGUAAGGAGAACAUGUACGUGAACGGCUUCUGCUUCCUCUUUGGAUCCAACCUGCUACAGCAGCCCCAGCGGUUCCCAGGGGCCCUCAGAGGAUGCCCUCGGCAGGAUAGUGACAUUGCUUUUUUGAUUGAUGGCUCUGGUAGCAUCAACGCAAAUGACUUUCAGAAGAUGAAGAACUUUGUCUCAACAGUGAUGAACCAAUUCAAAGAGUCCAAAACCUUGUUCUCCUUAAUGCAGUACUCUGAAGACUUCCGGACUCAUUUCACCUUCAGUGAUUUCAAGAGAAACCCUAAUCCAGAAUCACUGGUCCGUCCAAUAAGACAGCUGCUUGGGAGGACGCACACUGCCACGGGCAUCCGCAAAGUAGUAACAGAACUGUUCCACCACGCCAGUGGAGCCCGAGAGAACGCUGUCAAGAUCCUAGUUGUUAUCACAGAUGGAGAAAAGUAUGGUGACCCCUUGGACUAUGAGGAUGUCAUCCCGCAGGCAGACAGAGCAGGGGUCAUUCGCUAUGUCAUUGGGGUGGGACAUGCCUUCAGUAGUGUCGGAUCUCGCCAAGAACUUAACACCAUUGCAUCCAAGCCACCUCGGGACCACGUGUUCCAGGUGAAUAACUUUGAAGCUCUAAAGACCAUUCAGAAUCAACUGCAGGAGAAGAUCUUUGCCAUUGAGGGUACUCAGUUGGGAAGUACCAGCUCCUUUGAGCACGAAAUGUCUCAGGAAGGCUUCAGUGCUGCCAUCACUUCUAAUGGACCCUUGCUGGGCUCUGUGGGGAGCUUUGACUGGGCGGGUGGAGCCUUUCUGCAUACAUCGAAGAAUAAAGUCACCUUCAUCAACACAACCAGGGUGAAUUCAGACAUGAAUGAUGCCUACUUGGGCUAUGCUUCUACGGUCAUCCUGAGGAACAAGGUGCAAAGCCUGGUUCUGGGGGCACCUCGCUAUCAGCAUACCGGCCUGGUGGUGAUGUUCAGACGGAAUUUUGAUACCUGGGAGGCCAAUGCUAAUAUCAAGGGCAGCCAGAUUGGCUCCUACUUCGGGGCUGCCCUCUGCUCCGUGGACGUGGACAGUGAUGGCAGCACUGAUGUGGUCCUCAUUGGGUCCCCCCAUUACUAUGAGCAGACCCGAGGGGGCCAGGUGUCUGUGUGCCCCAUGCCUAAGGGGAGGGCUCAGUGGCGGUGUGAGACUGUCCUCCGUGGGGAACAUGGUCAUCCCUGGGGCCGCUUUGGGACAGCUUUGACAGUGUUGGGGGAUGUGAAUGGGGACAAACUGACAGAUGUGGCCAUUGGGGCCCCAGGAGAGCAGGAGAACCGGGGUGCUGUCUACCUUUUUCAUGGAUCCUCACCAGUGAGCAUCAGCUCCUCCUACAGCCAGCGGAUCACAGGCUCCCAGCUGUCCCCCAAGCUCCAGUAUUUUGGUCAGUCACUGAGCGGGGGCCAGGACCUCACAAUGGAUGGGCUAAUGGACCUGGCUGUAGGAGCUCAGGGACACAUACUGCUGCUCAGGGCCCAGCCCAUACUUAGAGUUGAGGCAAACAUGGAGUUCAGCCCCAGGGAAGUAGCAAGGAAUGUAUUUGAGUGUCAUGAACAGAUGGUGAGAAGCAAGGCUGCUGGGAAUGUCACUGUCUGCCUCCGUGUCCGCAAGAGCACUCGGGAUCGGUUAAGAGAAGGAGAUAUCCAGAGCACUGUCACUUAUGACCUGACUUUGGACUUCGGCCGGUCCCUUGCCCGUGCCAUCUUUGAGGAGAUGAAGAACAACACACGCAGACAAACACAGACCUUGGGGCUGACAUGGAAAUGCGAGACCCUGAAUGUAUGGUUACCGGAUUGCGUGGAGGACUCAGUGAGCCCCAUUGUCCUGCUCCUCAACUACACUCUGAUGGGGAAGUCCUUGUCCUCUUUUGGGGGCCUUCGUCCAGUUCUGGCUGAGGGUGCUCAGAGAGUCUUCACAGCCUCGUUUCCCUUUGAAAAGAACUGUGGCAAUGACAGCGUUUGUCAGGACGACCUUAGCAUCAAAUUCAGUUUUAUGGGCCUGGAUACCUUGGUGGUGGGUGAUCCCCAUGGCUUCAAUGUGACACUAACUGUGAGAAACGAGGGUGAGGACUCCUAUAGGACGCAGGUUACCUUCUACUACCCAUCUGGCUUGUCCUACCGGAAGGUGUUGAAAGCCCAGAACAAGCUAUCACAGAGGUCCUGGCGCCUGGGCUGUGACUCUGGCUCCUCCACCGAAGGACGUGGGGCUUUGAAGACCACCACCUGUGCUAUAAACCACCCCAUCUUCCCUGGCAACUCAGAGGUCACCUUCAAUGUCACAUUUGAUGUGGACUCUGAUGCUUCCCUUGGAAAUAAAUUACUUCUCAAGGCCAACGUGACCAGUGAGAACAACAUGCCCAGGACCAAAAAAUCUGAAUACCAGCUGGAGCUGCCUGUGAAAUAUGCUGUCUUCAUGGUGGUCACCAGUGGUGAGAACUCUACCAAAUAUCUUAACUUCACGGCCUCAGAGAAGACCAGCCAUGUCAUACAGCAUCAAUAUCAGUUCACCAAUCUGGGUCAGAGGAGCCUACCUGUCAGUGUGGUUUUCUGGGUACCUGUCCGGCUGAAGCAGGCAACUGUAUGGGACCACCCCCAGGUCCUCUUCUCCCAGAACCUCUCGAGCACCUGCCACACUGAGGAGAAACCACCCCCUCACUCCAACCUCCUGGCCGAGCUUGCGAAGACGCCUGUGCUGAACUGCUCUGUUGCUGUCUGUCACAGAAUCCAGUGUGACAUCCCAUCCUUCAGCAUCCAGGAAGAUUUCACUGUUGUCCUCAAAGGCAACCUCUCGUUUGACUGGUACAUCAAGACAUCUCAGAACCACCUUCUGCUAGUGAGCACAGCGGAGAUCUUGUUUAACCGUUCUGCGUUUGCCCUGCUUCAGGGUCAGGGGGCAUUUGUGAAGUCCCAGACAGAGACCAAAGUAGAGCCGUAUGAAGUUCACAAUCCUGUACCACUCAUUGUGGGCAGCUCCAUCGGGGGGCUGGUGCUUCUGGCCCUCAUCAUUGCCGGGCUGUCCAAGCUUGGCUUCUUUAAGCGGCAGUACAAGGACAUGAUGAAUGAUGCUGGUCCCCAAGAGGCCCCACCCCAAUAACGACUCUUCCAUGGAACAAGCAGGACUUUGAUCAGACCAAUAUGCAGGUCCCCCAGCUGCUGGAUGGACAUGUCCUUCAAGGGACUGAGGUGGCGAUGUUUUGCUUGGGAAAGACCUGCUUGAAUUUUCCAUCUCUCUCUCUCUCUCUCUCUCUCUCUCUCUCUCUCUCUGUGUGUGUGUGUGUGUGUGUGUGUGUGUGUGACUCAGGUCUCUUGCCUGUGGUCUGGGCCUUCAGCACAGCCUCUUGGGCAGAAGGGAACUGCUUGCCUUCCUGGUGUGUGGGUUAAGAUGCUGCUGGGCUUUGCUCUGCGAGAAGGGAUGGCAGCCCUCAUGGUGAAGACACUGGAAGUACAGCCACUGCUGUCCUUGCUGAAGGAAGCGAGUCUCUGUGUGAGUGUGGGCAGGCACACAGACUUGCAGGGGCAGGGCAGCCAGCACUGAGGGAAUGUGGAGAAGCCAUGGGUGGAACCAAGAGCUUGUGAACUGACCAGAGCUGAUCCAAAUCCAUUCCAUGCCAGAGCUGAUGGUCCCAAUAAAGAUGUCUAGUUAGGAAUGAGAAAUCUCACUUUACCUGUGCAUUUAUUACUUUGAUGUUACUUUCAUUCUUUGAAUUGAAAAACUGUUCUUAGUACAGAAGACAUUCAGGAUAUGGUAAACAGUCUCCCUUCCUAGCUAUUCAAUUCCCUCUUUGGUGGCACUGAAGACUAUGCGUUUUUGGGGCUCCUUCAGAAAGAUACUAGGCAUGUGCAAACACACAUACACACAAGCUGUUUUAUACAAUUGUAACAACUUUACAUUGUUGUCUA